UCAUCGACCUUUAUUACAAAACCUCCUCAACACCAAUAAACCAUCACUUCUCCUUCUUGCUCUUCAUCUAAGUCCAAAAAAUGGAAGACUUCAGAUCCAGAUCGUACGGUGACGGAAGAACAGCAGACCAAAGAUCCGACGGUCCAGGUUCAUUCGGUGUUAACGGUGGUAAUGGUAUGCAAGAUCUCAGGUCUUACAGCACUUCCUACACCGAUUACCCGACCCGGAUACACGAAGAGAACCCGAAUUCAAAGAAAGGAAGAUCUUCGUCUUCUUCAUCGUCUUCUUGGGGCUUUGUGGAUCCAGAUUUACAGAGGAAGAAGAGAGUUGUGAGUUAUAGAGCUUAUACUGUUGAAGGUAAGCUUAAAGGCUCUUUGAGGAAAAGCUUCAAGUGGAUCAAAGAUAGAUGCAGCAAAUUACUCAAUUAAAAAUGUGCUUAAGAUAACUUAAACUUUGGUUGGGUUUACAAUUACAUGUUUUUCGAUUUAGUUUCUAUCUUGUUAUCAUUAUUUUUUUGCUGUGUGUGCGUGUGUUCAAAUUUCUUAAUUUGUCAUAGUGAUUAUGUAACAAUAAUAAUAAUAGAUAUGUACGAUGGUAACGAGAAUUUCUUAUAGAUUGAAAAA